AUGACAUCAUCCACUAACCGUGUAUCUAGGAAGAAGGUAGCUAUUGUCGGGAGUGGCUCUGCUGGAAUCGGUGCUCUCUGGGCUCUGAAUCGCACUCAUCAUGAUGUGUAUCUCUACGAGGCGGGUGACCGUCUGGGCGGUCAUACCAACACGGUAGAAUGGAAAAAGGGCAAAUUUACCACUUUGGUCGAUACGGGCUUCAUCGUCCUCAACACGGCUACAUACCCAAACUUCAUCAACUUCCUUAAAAAUAUUAAGGUAAACACCGUGCCCACUCAGAUGACUUUCGGUGUUUCGCGGGACCAGGGAAAGUUUGAAUGGGCAGGGACAAACCUAGACUCCGUUUUCAGCCAAAAGAGAAAUAUCUUCUCGUUGAAGAUGUGGAGACUAAUCUUCGAUAUCAUACGCUUCAACCAGUUUGCUCUGGACCUACUCAAAGAUGACGAUGGCGACGACUCCUCUGCCUCAAAGGGAGCUGCACCUAUGGAGACCAUUGGCCAAUAUUUGGAUAGGGAAGGAUAUUCUGAGACGUUCCGCAAUGACUACCUAAUACCCAUGACGGCCGCCGUGUGGAGUACGAGCCCUGAUAAGUGUACAUUGGAAUUUCCUGCCGUAACUCUCAUUCGAUUUAUGUGGAACCAUCAUCUCUUAAGUACAGUUGCUGCUAGGCCAGAUUGGCUUACUCUGGAAGGCGGCGCAAAAUCAUACAUUGAUGCGGUGAUGAGUGGAUUCCCACCGAAUCAUCUGUUUUUGAAGACAGCUGUCAAGCACGUUACAAGUGAAAAGAAUGGGCGCGUUCGGUUACACCUAGAGAAUGGGAAGACAGAGGUGUUUGAUCACGUCAUAUUGGCUACUCAUGGAGAUCAGGCCUAUCAGAUUAUCAAGCCUUCAGCUACCCCUGAGGAGGAGAAAAUCAUGUCCUCGUUCAAAACUUCUGAAAAUACUUGCAUUCUCCAUUCAGAUCUCUCGCAUAUGCCACAGCGCAAGAAGUCAUGGUCUGCUUGGAACUAUCUCACGGUGUCAUCGCCUUGGACGGGUAAAGACAUUGAUCAAGUCUCAUUGACGUAUAACAUGAACAUCCUUCAACACAUUCCGAAGGAAGGCUUCGGCGACGUCUUGGUGACACUAAAUCCCAUCCAGGAACCGAAACCAGAGACUAUUCAAGGUCGAUACUCAUAUUCACAUCCACUAUACACUCCCGAUGCGAUUAGAGCGCAACAAGCUUUACCUAAGAUACAGAACACGAGAGGAAUCAGUUAUGCAGGCGCCUGGACAAAAUAUGGGUUUCACGAAGACGGGUUUAGUAGUGGAAUACAUGCGGCAAGCGCUCAUCUCGGAGCAAAGCUACCAUUCGAAUUCGUGGACUCGACGUACAGUCGAGGGAAGAAACCCAAGUUGGGCAUCACAGACCUGGUCGUCAAGCUUAUCAUCAUGGCCAUCCAGGUUUUCGUCGUAGAUAUUCUGGAAUGGAUAUUCGGCAAAAAUAGAAGGAAAACGCUGCCAAAGGCCAAUGGUGCAAGCAAGAAGAUACUGAACGAUAAACAUUCAUAUCGGGCAAACACAACGUCACAAUGGGCAUGCGCCUCUUGUCGCAGGGCCCUGGCUCGAACGAAACUGUCCCCCCCACGUAGGACUGUAACGAAUAGCGCAAGGGCGAAGAAAGCGCAAGCUACUCACACAGCCGAUGCCCCGUCGAUGGAACGAAUGGCGGAAUAUUACAGAUAUAAAAACCGGUCGACGAUGUACUACACGCUCAGCAUCAUCCUCGGUACCGUCGCUUUCUCGUACGGAUCGGUUCCCAUGUAUAAGAUGAUCUGCCAAACAACAGGCUGGGGCGGCCAACCGAUCCGCGCGCCCAGCCACGGCGGCUCCGGCGACUUCGACCCAGCCUCGCGCGUGAUCCCCGUAACCGACGCGCGACGCAUCCGCGUGACCUUCAACGCCUCCGUCUCCGACAUCCUGCCGUGGAAGUUCGUGCCGCAGCAGCGCGAAGUACGAGUCCUCCCCGGCGAAACCGCGCUCGCCUUCUACACGGCCACGAACAGGAGCGACUCCGAUAUCAUCGGCGUAGCCACGUACAGCGUUACACCGGCCCAGGUGGCUCCGUAUUUCAGCAAGAUCCAGUGUUUCUGCUUCGAGGAACAGAGGCUGAAUGCGGGCGAGACGGUCGAUAUGCCGGUGUUCUUCUACUUGGACCCGGAUCUGUUGAAUGAUUUGAAUAUGCGUGGGAUUAAUGAGGUUACGUUGAGUUAUACGUUUUUCAAGGCGAAAUAUGAUAAUAAUGGGAACUUUAGGGGGUUCCCGACGACGUCGUAG